GGGAAGGUGAUCGUGGAUCUUCCGGCCGGAAUUGCGCGCCUGCCCAACGUACGUGCAUCAACGGCCAUCUCCUCCUCCUUAAUUACCCCAUAUUUUCUCCAUCGAGGACGCACCGCAACAAACGCGCCCUUCUCCUUCAACCACCACGCCGCCGUCCACCACCCUUCGCAGCCAGAUCAAGAUGAGGCCACCUCGCCGUCACUCUUCCCGGCACAACAAUACUACCACGCCGCCGCCUACUACCUCCGCUCCACGUCGUAGCCCUCGCCUGCAUCGCCAGGACGCCACCACGCAGCCACCCACCGUCGCAUUGCCUCCACGCCGUAGCCCUCGCCUGGCAACGGCGUCUGCCCGCAAGAACUCGCCGGAGAUGCUGGUCGAGUACCCGUACCUGCCGGAGGAACUCGUCGACAACAUUCUAGUUCGCAUCCGGCCGGAUGAUCCCGCCGGCCUUGCCAAGGCUUGCCUUGGCAGCAAAUACUGGUGCCGGCACAUCUGCAGCGACAAGUUCCUCAGCCGCAACCGCAAGUUGCAUCCGACAGCUGCGUCGCUUGGCUUCCUGGUAGCCACGGAGGCGCGGAGAAAGUCCACCAUCUUCGUCCCCACCUCCACCUUCCAUCUGGAGCCUAGUUCCAUCCCGCGCCGGUACAGGGUCCUCGACGUAUGCCACGGCCGCGUCCUCUUCUACACCAUCUCCAAGGACGGCGAGUCCUCCCUCGUGAUCUGGGACCCCAUCACCAAGGAGGAGCAUGCAGUACGCAUGCCACUGGACGAUCCGGUGGAGGAAGACUGGAACGCAGCUCUGCUCUGUGGUGAUGACCGCUGCGACGAGCUUAGGUGCCAUGACCACGAGUCCAUGGUGGUUCUCGUGGGCACCUACCAGGAGAAGAUGGUAACCUUCGGCUGCCUCUACUCAAGGGAGCUAGAUAAAUGGAACCAUGGGGACGACGAUGAGGACAUGGAGGAUAAACCAGCAGAAAUUGAGCAUCAAGAUGCCGUCGUGGACACGGGGCCUAGCGUUGUCUUGGAUGGUAAGGCCUAUUUUCCUUGCAAGCUGGGAAGAAAGAUCGUUGAGUACGACUAUGGUGCCGACGAAAUCGACUUGGUUGAUGCUCCUAUGUUUGCCUACCGGCGGAUCCCGACUACCAUGCUAAUGACGGCCAGAGACGGCGUCCUUGGAUUCGCAUGCGUGACCCGGUCUAAGCUCAAUCUGUGGUCGAGGGAGGCCACCGGUCCCGGUGGAGCUUUGGCAUGGGAGCUGUACAAAGUCUUGGACCUCACCAAGAUGUCCGGGAUUCCUCGCCUUAUUGGCUCCAAUGAUGAUUUCAUUUGGGCCAAGACAGGUGCCGAGGUACAUGCUGUUAACCGCGAGUCGGGCGAGUUUGCAACGGUGUCCAAAAUUACUAAGAUCAUCAAAGCCAUCCCCUACGCGGCCUUCUGGACUCCAUCUUGCAGGAGCAUCGGUCCGAUGGUCACACCGCCAUGAGGAGGACACCAUGAUCAAUCAGUUUAACAGAGGCUGAUGCUGCUUCAAAGGCAAAACAUCGCUGAUGCUUCCGAGUGUGAUCAAGCUCUUUACUUCUACGAGUGAAUAUUCGCUGCCUAGUUUAGUUUUAUUUCGAUAUCCUGAACAAUUGGUUGUCUCUUUUUAAUUUCUAUAAGAGGCAUGUAGCCUCAAAUUUGUGUGUUUGGUUUACAA